AUGCCUCGAGACACUCUGAUCGUCUCUGAUAAUGACAUUGACAUUGGACUGGAUUUGGCAGGUGACCAAGACGAAGAGUUGUCUUUCCAAGAAGGACAUGGGAGAGAAAAACACAGAGGAAAAAGAAGGGAAAGUGAGAGAGAGAAAAAGAGUAAGGGAAAUGGAAAGCGAAGACGGUCAUCUAGAAGGAGGGAUGAAGAAGAAAAGCUGCAACCCAGGGCAGAAAAAAGAGAGAGGAGCAAGCGAAAAAGAGCAAAGCACAAACACGAAACAAAAAGCGAAGACAGAGAUGAGGAGGGCGAGUCUCAGAAAACAGGUGAAAAACUGACGAAAACAAAGAAAAGUGUAAAAAAUGAAAAGCGAAGAAAAAAGGAAGAGGUGGGAGAAGGAGAGGCUAAAGAGAGAAAUGAAAAGGAGAGAAAGAAACACGGAAGUGCCAAGAAGGGGGAGAAGAAAGAUGAAAAAAGGAAACGGCCAGAGAAAGAGCAAGAGGUGAAGAAAAAAAAGAAAAAAGUGGUUGAAACAAGUUCAGAGCAAGACACAAGCGAAGUCAAUGAUGAUGAAGACGAGGGCAAAGAGGAAGAGGUGAGACCUGAAUGUUUGUCGCCUGAAGAACUGGAGAAGCUGAAAGAGGCUGUGGACGAGAGGAAGAAACUCAUCCAAAGUCUGAGGGGGAAACCCUGGCCGAUGAAAAAGAAACUUGUCACUUUACGGGAGUCUCAGGAGUUUGUGGAGAAGUAUGAAGGAGCCUUGGGGAAAGGGAAAGGAAGGAAGCUCUACGCAUACAAAGUCAUGAUGACAAAGAAAUGGAUGAAGUUUCAACGAGACUUUGAAAACUUCAAAACUGCCUGCAUCCCCUGGGAGAUGAAAAUAAAGGAGAUUGAAAGUCAUUUCGGCUCGUCAGUCGCCUCCUACUUCAUCUUCCUGAGGUGGAUGUACGGCAUCAAUAUGAUUUUGUUUGGUUUGACCUUUGGCCUCGUUAUGGUUCCAGAGGCUUUAAUGGGACGGCCUUAUGGAAGCAUCCCAAGAAAGACUGUUCCGCGAGCCGAGGAAGGGAGCGCCAUGGACUUCGCUGUCCUGUGGGACUUUGGGGGUUACGCUCAGUAUUCAGUCCUCUUCUAUGGUUUCUACAACAACCAGCGUGCCAUUGGCUGGCUCAAGUUCCGCAUGCCUCUGUCGUACUUUCUGGUCGGUGUGGGAACAGUGGCUUACAGCUAUAUGGUGGUCAUAAGAACCAUGGCCCGCAAUGCCAACGAGUCUGGGGUUGGAGAUGACAACAGUUUUAAUUUCAGCUGGAAAAUGUUCACCAGCUGGGAUUACCUGAUCGGAAACCCGGAGACUGCAGAUAACAAGUUUGCCUCCAUCACCACCAGCUUCAAGGAGGCAAUCCUGGAGGAGCAGGAGAGUCGGAAGGAUGACAACAUCCACCUGACUCGUUUCCUGCGAGUGUUGGCCAACUUUCUGGUUUUGUGCUGCCUGGCAGGAAGUGGGUACCUCAUUUACUUUGUAGUGCGCCGCUCUCAGAAGUUUGCCCUCGAUGGACUGGAGAACCACACCUGGUGGGAAAGAAACGAGGUGAAUAUGGUCAUGUCGUUACUGGGGAUGUUCUGCCCCAUGCUGUUCGACGUCAUCAGCGCCCUGGAGAACUACCACCCUCGAGUCGCCCUGCAGUGGCAGCUUGGGCGCAUCUUUGCUCUCUUCUUGGGAAACCUCUACACCUUCAUCAUUGCCCUCAUGGAUGAGAUCAAUCUUAAAAGAGAAGAGGAGAAGAUCAUAAAGUUUAACAUAACUACGUGGGAAUCCAGUCUGUUCAAUGGCUCUGUGUCAGAAAACAGCACUGCUCCACCCGUCACUAUUCACCCUGCUGAUGUGCCCAGAGGGCCCUGCUGGGAGACCAUGGUGGGGCAGGAGUUUGUACGGCUGAUAAUAUCUGACACCAUGACAACAUACAUCACGCUGCUCAUCGGCGAUUUCUUGAGAGCCGUACUUGUUCGUUUUCUUAACUACUGCUGGUGCUGGGACCUUGAGGCUGGAUUUCCUUCCUACUCUGAGUUUGAUGUAAGCGGGAACGUCUUGGGCCUGAUCUUCAAUCAAGGAAUGAUAUGGAUGGGGGCUUUCUACGCUCCCUGCCUGCCUGCUCUGAAUGUCCUCCGCCUGCACGUCUCCAUGUACCUGCAGUGUUGGGCAGUGAUGUGCUGCAACGUGCCACAAGAAAGGGUCUUCAAAGCCUCGGGCUCCAACAACUUUUACAUGGCCAUGCUGCUCGUCAUUCUGUUCCUGUCGACUCUUCCUGCUAUCUACACCAUCGUCACCAUCCCCCCUUCCUUUGACUGCGGGCCCUUCAGUGGCAAGAACCGCAUGUUCGAUGUGAUCCACGAGACGCUGGAGUCGGACUUCCCUGCCUGGUUUAGUAAAGUCUUCAGCUAUGCUUCAAACCCCGGGCUGGUGCUGCCGUUCAUCCUGCUCAUGGUACUGGCCAUUUAUUAUUUGCAAUCCACCUCUAAAAGCUAUAAAGAAGCCAAUGUGGAACUGAAGAAAAAACUGCAAACACAAAACGAGGAAAACAAGAAGAAGAACAAACGAGCUGCCCUGAAGGCGCAGAUGGAUCUAGAGGAGGCCCGAAAAGCAGCAUCAGGUUCAGCAGAAAAAAAGAACAAAGGUUCUUCAGGAGAUCAAGAGGAUGGAGAAGAAAAGCACGGCAGCAGUCAGAGACUGCAUCACAGUAAAAAUGGACGAAACCCUCCUGAUGGCGGAGGCAGGGAGCGCCACCACCUGGAAGCCACCAGGACCCACUUCAACAGCACCAAUCACCAUCCUGGUUACUUGCCUGGUUUCCCCUGUCAAAAUGAGCCCAGGAUGUACAGGGUGCCGAGCCUGCAGAGACACUGA